UGACAGUGCAGACUGUUAAGAAAUACAUGGAAACCACUGUCUUCCUGAAGGACAGAAAAAGCACAUUGUAGCAUCACGUAUACACGAUGUGCAGUAAAUAGCCUAAAAUGUGACAAGAAACCUCUGAUAGAUAGAUUACCUGGAGGAGAAAGGCUGCACAGUGCCUUAAGAAAAAAAGAAGAAAAAGAAGCUGUGUCAGCAUUUUAUGCUUGACAGGUCAGCAUUCAGUGUUUGCUCAAGGACACAACUGCAGGACAAAUCUGUGGUGAGUUUAGCGAGACCACUAUAUUCACACUAGGCCUCUUACUAAUAUCGGUUUAUGUUCACCAUUUGUUGAUGCAAAAAAAUCGCCUGGUGUCUCAGAGCUCUUCAUACACACUUUUCACUUUCUGAUAAAGACUUCAUGACACUUUCGGGAGCGCUGCAGAGUGACACUGUGGCACUGACACGCCACGAAUCAGAACAACCUCACAGCUUACAAUUACGCGGUGACUGAGCGCAAAUGUCUCUGCGAGCAGUUAUUGUGUGUCCAUGCAAUCAACAGAGUCAGGCGGCCAACUCCCCCAGGAGGAGCCGCUGAAAUCUGAUGAAGAUGAAGGUCAUCUCCCAGUCAGACCUGUUCAGCUCAGCUCUCAGCGGAAACCUUAAGCUCUGCGCUGGAUGAAUGGAGAGAAAAACAAUUGGCCGCACUGCUUUUGUGCCCUCUGACAUCAACACUUGACAGAUUGUUUUCUUUAGCUUUGUGUCAAUAGAGAGAUGGACACGAUCUUUUAAACUGCGAUUUUUGUAAGUGAAAGAUUUACAAGUGGACAAAUUUUGUUUUGUGGGAGGAUUUCGUGGAUAAAGGAAAAUGAGAAGGAGGGAGGUAGGCAAAGAGAGCAGAGUUUCGGGUAAUUAGAAGUCGGGUCCGUUGACAGAUGCUGGCCCGAGCUGGCGGUUUGACCGGCCAGAGGUCCUGGACGGAUUCCCCCGCUGUGGAGGAGAGCUGGGGGCGUGCCAGGACAUUCCGCGUGUCACUUUCUGUACAGCCAGCCUACUGCUCUCUUAUUUUGUAAUUUCCUUUCAGGAAAAAAAAAUGUAAGGGGACUAGGAGGAAGUACUAUUGCUCACUUGCUCCUUUUUCAAUCAGUUCCUUCUAGCGGCUCAAGGAAGAAGGACUGUGUGUGUCUGUUUCACACUGACACUGUAGUUUCUGAUUGAUUUUAUUUUAAGUGGUUCCUUUUUGAUAUAUUUUGUUUCAACAUGGACUGUCUAAAAAUGAAGCAGGCAGCCGAGUACAACAUGAAAAUGCAUCCCAUGUGGCAGGGACCCCUCGCGGUACCAGGAGGUGAUCGUCAGUCUCCCAUCGACAUCGUUGUGCGAAAGAGCGUCUUUGACUCAGCGCUGAAGCCUCUGGUCACAGAUUAUGACCCGGAGACCUGCCAACAAAUCUGGAACAACGGUUACUCCUUUCUGGUGGAGUAUGAUGACACUACAGACAAGUCCACACUUAAAGGAGGCCCCCUGCAAGACCAGUUCAGGCUGUGCCAGUUCCACUUCCACUGGGGUGAGAGCAACGCCUGGGGGUCAGAGCACACGGUGGACAGGAGGCUGUUCCCUGCAGAGCUCCACUUGGUCCACUGGAACUCCGACAAGUACAGUUUGUUCGAGGAGGCAGUGAUCGAAGAUAAUGGACUGGCUGUUAUUGGAGUCUUUCUCAAGGUGGGGAAGAGACACGAGGGGCUGCAGAAACUGGUCGACGCUCUGCCUGCUAUCAGACACAAGGACAGCGUAGUGGAGUUUAACAAGUUCGACCCCGCCUGUCUGCUACCCACCAACACCGACGACUACUGGACGUACCACGGCUCUCUGACAACGCCCCCUCUGACAGAGGCCGUCACCUGGAUUGUCAUGAAGCAGCACAUAGAAGUCAGCCACGACCAGCUGGCAGUCUUCCGGAGUCUUCUUUUCACCUCAGCCGAAGAGGAGGUACAGAAGAGCAUGGUGAACAACUUCCGUGUGCAGCAGCCUCUCUGUGGUCGCACCGUGCGCUCUUCCUUCACUCCUUUCCUACAGGAGGCUCCGUCAGCUGAAGGCGACAAGCACCACCACUGACGCCGCUGGACCCGGUGCAGACGUCCUCUCACACAGUAACGCACACCAUGACCACCGUACGAAAACUGCAUGAACUCUCCUUUCUUUUUACUCUGCCAAAGCAACACGUUUCUCAUCAACAUUUGAAGCAGUAAACAAUUUCACUUUUAACUCUGACAAAGUUUCCUCAGAGUAACUGUAAACCAUUUUACAUGGGGGAUGUAGGUAUAAAUCUGUCUGUGGGAUGUUGAGAUUUUUAUUUCUUUAGAUUUUUCUUUUAGAUUCUGGUUUAACUACCAGUGACAAAUAAGGGAUGGUUGCUGUGGGGAAUAUAUCUAGUUUUAUUGAUUUUAUUAACAUGAAUCAUAUUUAUUACACAUUUUCCAUUCAUCCAGUUACUGUACAUGGGUGCUGUUCUCUACACUGAGCACUAACCACCGUCAGUACUAGAGCAGCGGCUGCUCUGACUUUCUCUGGCUCUCUCCAUAUAAGGAGGCUCGAGCUGCUGCUAGUUUACAGCAGAAAGCCCAGGAGAUUUUAAAUGUCCUGAGUUAUCACCUUGGGAGCGCCUCUCGUGUAGAGAACAUAAUAUAUCAUCAAGGCCUUUUGUACCACAGUGUCACUUUUUUUAAAAUCCUGUAUGGUGGUUUGUGGGGUUUAUCAUUAAUUUGAUCUUUUCUGCAUUAAUAAGAUGAAUAGAAUGCAUGUUUUCUUAAUCUGUUACAAAGAGAUUAUACUGUAUACAGUACAUCUGACAUUCAGAAGCAUUUGUUUUUACAUGAUGUGACGUCAAACAUUCAUCACAUAUAGCAGAGUUUGAACUCUGCUGAGCCUUGGUUAUUCUGCACAGAACUGUUGUUACUAAUACGCACAAAAAUGCCAGGUUACACUAGCAUAUACAUUCAUUUGAGGAGUAUUCAGAUUGAUAUAAGCAGUACAGCUCUUUUAUUGUGUUUUUUAAUUUUUUUUCAGUAGUUCAUAUCACACCACAGUGCCUACACUGCUGUUGGCAGAGAUUCACUCAGUACAUCUUUGAGCAUGAAAAGUAUCCCCAUUCCACACUUGCUCCAUUAAGUUAUGGCUCAAGCCAAGUGGUAAGUGAUUGCUCACAGUAACGGUCAACGCUCAGGUGACAUUUACUAUGAUCCUCACCUCAUUUAUCUGUUUUGAAUGAAGUGGAAAGUGACAUGGAAUCAGCAGAGCUUCAACAACUAACCACUGUGCUUUAGCUAAUGAAGAACAUAGUAGAAGAAUUUUGUAAACCUGGAAUCACUCUCAGGUCGACUGGUUGAAAUUGAAAUUGAAAUUCUGUAUCUGGAGGGAACUUUGGUCUUCAUUCUCUUUUUCUUAUUUAGUUAGUUCCCUGUUGUCUGUCAUGUCUGGUAAUUGUUGUGUUUUACGAUUAAUCAAACAUGACUGGACAAAUCUAGUUUUACUUGAAAGGGCUGAAAAGAGUAAAAAUGUUGUUGUAUUGUAAAAUCUCUGAACUGACCUGAGCUACUUUACGUUUUUGGAAAUGUAUUAUCAAAGGAUGCUACCAUGAACAGCUGUGGUAGACACAUACUUAAGUACAGUAGGAGAGACUUUCUAAGAGAGCUGGUUAGACAUGUGAGAACAGUGGGACCAACAGAUGUACAGCCUCGUGUAUCAGCUGGCUUGUUUAAACUUUCGCUGUCAAGAUCCAAAAUCAUGUAAUCAGAUCUCGUGUUGCCUCUGUUCGUCUAGCUUCUGUAAUUCGAUGCACGUUGUCAUUUAGCAUGUUUUUUUUUCAUUGGUCUAAAACUGGAGCCUGUUCCUGAGGUUUACUUUUUACGUUCUAAAAAUAACUUGAAGACACCGCAUGUUAAACAACAGGUACUCUGUGACACAGUAAAAACUACAGCUACCAUGACAGGAAGCAGUAGCGCGGUCUGUGCUGUCUAAACAUGUCUACAGCUUCCUCUCCUGUGUCCACCUUUGAUUGAGGACAUGUCCCAGCUAGCCGUGACACCUCAAUCCACCCACUACUUCUGUUUAAGCUGUGUUUUUUUUUUUACUUAUGACUCCAACAAGCAUGCACAGUUCAGAUGUGUAACUGUAUUUGAACUGAAGAGUCAGCUUGUGCAACCUUGCAUCAUCUGAAUAAGUCUGGCAGUCUGCCUGCUUUGGCUAAUGUCCAUCAGUUGUAAUGCGCUGUGUGAAUCGUUCUUAGCACUGUUAGAGAGGGAAGGAAGGGUUUGAAUCGGACACAAAACGCGAGAUGAUGUGUUGACUUUCACGUCUUUAACCUCAGGACAGGAAACUAUAAUUGCACUACAAACCAGAAAACCACUUUUAAGCGUAUUUGGCAUCUUCCAACAUCCACACAGGGAAGUUUCCUCCUCUGACAUACGUUUGAGUUGAGGCAGGGGUGAGAGGUCACGGUUGUCGUAAGAAUCCCCGAGUAACAAUGCAACUGUCCAAACUGGCUCUCCAUCUCUUUUUGAAACAACCAUUCCUCUCCCUUCUGCACGGACACUCGCAUGAGGCGCACACACCCUCCUCCAUCUCCCCAGUAGGUCCUCCACUGGCUGCCUUUGAGAGCUAGCAUGAGGCCACAAGCUGCUCAGACUAACUUGACAUGUAUUCAAAAGAUUGGACGCUAUGUGAUGUUAACUCAUCGUGAAGGCUGCUGAUGUGCUAGAUAAACAGUGAGGGGGCCGCGGGGGUUACUGUGGCGGGUUUCGUAAGGUUUUAGAAAAGGUUUCAGGGUGUGUGGAAUUAAGUGACGCGAAUCAGUAAGACUUUUAGGAAUGUUGCAUGGUUUCUUUUCCUUCGUUCAAAAAUUAUGCAACACAGAAUCUAUGUUCAGUGUGUUUUACUAUCAUGGAGACAAGGGACCGAGUACUGCCUUCGUCUUGUACAGCUGUGUUUUAUUGUUGUAUUUGACUUGUACACCAUGACCUGCCUUCAUGUUUCAUGGCAUUUUACUCAUGUUACCUUUUUUUUUUUUAAUGCCUUUUUUUUCUUAAAACAACAAAAAACUGCAAUGCAAUGAAUAUCAAUAUAUUACAAUACAGAUGUUCAGUCUAUGGAAAAUAUUUGUUUUUAUGGCCUUUUCUGUCAGAGCUGGAGUCACUGAUAUGGCAUCAGAAAUCAGUUUUAAAAUGAUUUUGUUCAUAAGUGGUUACAGUAUAGAUGAUAGUUACAUCUUUGGGGGUUUAAUCCUCCCUGUCCUUGCAACUUCUUCUGACUUGUGUCGCUGUAUGCCUUUCUUAUCAUUAAUGUAUUACAGAGUGCUGUCAUCAUGCUGUCUUCUCUUCAUGAUGUUUCAUACUUUGGUACAUGUUUCCUUGCCUCCUGUAGCUCAGUGUGAUGUUUUAGCAGGUGUGUUGUGUAUGUUGUGUAUGCUGUACACUGUAUGCAGUACAUAUCUGAGCUGUUUAUUUGUCCAGUGGGUAGCCAACAUUCCUGCCCCGUAGGGCUUCACUAGGCCCCGCUCCCCUCCCAGUGUGCUCCGCUCCACCUGGAUGCCUCCGUACAGGACUCCAUUCAGCUGUGCAACCAGGAAGCGUUUUGCUCCCAGAGACCCCUGGGACCUCCUCACGGUGGGAUGUUGGAAACCACCCAACAAUGUAACAUGAUACGGAUGUAAAGAUUAUUUUAGAGAAACUGACAUAUUAAUACAUGAUGUACAACAAUAAAGUAAUGUAUGAUGAACAA